GUCAAUUUCUCAUGGAGUAACUGCUUGAAAGAUAUCAAGAAUUAGAAAAACGUAAUUCGGAAGAAUUAGAACAUGAUAAAUCAAUAACUCAUUUAUUGUACAUAGAAGGAUUUAAGUGGGAUGAUUUAGAGAAGAUAAAGAAAAUACAUAAGAUUUCACAAUCUAAGGUAGAAAAGAGAAUAACUUUAGUUUAAGAUGUAAUAAUAAACAAAUAGUAUAGUUUGGGUUAUUGAGAAGAGAUGUAGAGCCACAUUCAACAGAGAAUGAGUAUUGUAAAAUGUUGCUGAAGGACAUCGACAUGCAUAUAUAUUCGAUUUUGUUUGAGAUUGACAAAUUGGAACAGUUGAAACAAAAGUCACAGAGAUUCUUAAGAUUAUAAAGUUAACCCAAUUUAAAACCUGAGACUGCUCCAACUGAUGUAAUGACCCAAACAGGAGGCUUGUUAUCUAGUACAAGUGAUGGCUAAACUCGGAUGUAUAAGAGCAGUUUUCAGUUUUAUCGAGCCUAAAGGGAUUAAUAGAUUCAAUCACAUAAUCAGAAGUGGAUAGAGAAGUAAUAUAGCAUUCAGAGAAAAUUAAUCGAAGAUGAAAAAGAGUUUUAGAAGUUUCGUUUUGAGAUUGAAGCAAAGUAAAUAAGGGCUGAAAUGAAUUUGGAAGAAUAUUAGUAAUGGUAGGCUCGAUAAUUGAAAGAAUAAGAGGAAUUGAAUUCAAAGAGAUUGCAAUUACACAAAGAUCGAAUGUUAAAAGAUCAAUAACAAAGGUAGGCCAUAUUGGAGGACAAGAUGUAGAGAAAAGAAAAGCAAUUAAAAAAGUAGAUCUCAUUGCUUCAAGAUUUUCAUGAAGAAUAAAAAUAAAUAAAAGAAGAACACUUCUAAAAGAUUUUGUAAAAGUCUAUGGGGGCCUUGAAUGACAAAGACAAAUUUAAUCAAUAUUAGAAGGAGAUAUCAGAAAAAAAAGAAUAGGAAAAUCUAAGGAAAUUGAAGUAUAUAGAGGAAUCAAAGUAAUGGACUAAGCAAUAAUUGCAACAAUAAGCAACCUUAAAGUAAUAGAAGAUAGAGAGAGCAAAUGUAUAUGAUGAUUUUGUUAUAAUUAUAGUUAAUUUUAACAAGACAGGAUAUGCAAAGACGAGAGAAAUUCGAAGAGAAGGAAAAGAAAUAAAUAACUUACAUGGAGAAGUGCAAGAAGACGUUUUCAGAAUAUCAGCAUAUGAUUAAUAAAGAGAAAGAGGAUAAAAUGCAUAAUUUUUAGAUUGUAAUUUGUUGAGUGAUGUGUUAAUUAGAAUAAAGCUAUUGAGGAUGCGAGUAGAGAGUAACUGAUUAAGUAUCAAUUCGAGAGGCGAUCCAAUAGUUAGGCUUAGGCUUAGAGAUUGAAGGAGAGGAGAUUGAAGAUAUUCUAGGAGGAGAAGGCAGGAGAGCAUUUAAUAAAAUAGUUAGAGAUUAAUCAGAGGUUGAAUUAAUUGGAGUGGGAACAGGAAUGGAAGAGGACGAAACAAUAGAUGUUAGAGGAGGAAUAGAGAUAACGAUAAUUGAUGAUUGAGUAUAUAUUGAUAGUUUUAGACUGUAGAAAUGAUGCGAGAGAGACGAUGAGGGAGAGGGAAAAGAAUACUCGAAAAUUGGAAAUAGAAAAGGAGUUGAGAGAAAAGGAGAUGAAGACUUUGAAGUAUCAGAAGGUCUGA